AUGCAACUCAACAACACCGAGAUCCUGGAACUCAAGCCGAUAUGCCAAGUCAUCACUCCAGUGGGGAUGCUAGGCUACGGCUUCGACGAAGCCCUCACGCACUACGAACUCUCUCGCCUUGUACCAACCGGCAUACCAACGGCUAUUAUCUUGGAUUCGGGCUCGACAGAUAGUGGACCGCAGAAGCUCGCUUUGGGGUCUAUGUCGUGCCCGAGGUCGGCCUAUGAGAAGGAUCUUGACAAGUUACUUCGGCUUGUCCAUACGUUUCGUGUGCCCCUGAUAUUUGGGUCUGCUGGUGGUGACGGGACGGAUGAACAUGUUGAGGCUAUUGGUGAGAUUAUUAAAGAGAUUGCAUCAGAGGAGGAGAAUAGGGACUAUGCUUUCAAUACGAUAUCGUUAUUCUCCAAUAUCAACAAGGCGACCAUACUCGAGCGCUUCAAACAAGGCCGUCUAACCGGCUGCGGUCCCUGCGUUCCACCGGCAACAGAAUACGAGAUCAAUCAAUCCCUCCGCGUCGUCGCUCAAAUGGGUUACGAGCCCUUCUUCGACGUCAUGACCGCCAAUCCAGACUUCAACAUCAUAAUCGGCGGACGAGCCUAUGACCCAUCCCCAUACGUCGCAUUCUGCGUUCAUCAACUGACACGCCAGUCAAACCAUCUCAGCACAGAAGAACUUCACUCUAGGCUUGGUGGGUUCUAUCACAUGGGUAAGAUCCUGGAAUGUGGAGGGCAGUGUUCAUUCCCGAAGUCCCAUGGUGCUGUUGCUACCGUUUAUGAGAAUGGUUUAUUCGAUGUUCGACCGAUAGAUCCUGAGUCGAUGUGUACGCCUUUAUCUGUUGCUGCGCAUACACUGUAUGAGAACACGAGACCGGAUGUUUUACGGGGGCCAGGAGGGUCACUUCAUCUUGACAACUCAAAGUAUGAGCAGCUCUCUGAUGGGAAGUCUGUCAGGGUGAGUGGUAGUGCAUAUCGCCCGUCUGAAGCAGAUGGCAAGCCUUAUCAACUCAAGCUCGAAGCUGCACGUAUUGUUGGUUAUCGCUCUAUGUUCAUGGGCAGUAUCACAGACCAUAUCCUCGUUUCCCAGGUUGACAAACUACUGGCCCGAGUCAAGGUCUACGUCGACCAACAACACCCCGAGAUCACGGGUCAAUGGAACCUAGACUUCCACGUCUACGGCAAAGACCAGUACACACAGGCCGGACCAGGUCAACUCUUCAUCGUUGCUGAAGCACUCGCCUCGACACAGCAGUUGGCUAACAGCAUUGCAUCCAAGGCUCGAGUAGGAAUGAUUCAUGCACCGUAUCCUGGACAGAAAGCGACUGCAGGAAACUUUGGCUUUGGCCUUGGUGGUCUCAUGGAGAUUGAGUUGGGGCCUUGUGCUGAGUUCUCGUUGUAUCAUCUCUUGGAUCUUGAGCCUGGUGAAGAGAGGUUGGCUCUUGGUGCUGAUGGGUGUGUACUUGAGGGGCCGUUAUUGAGAGGUCGGGUGUCUCGAAUUGGCAAAGGGGCCAUUAACGGGGCCAACGGGAGCAACGGACACAUUACUGUGCCUGAGGUCGACAGCAAGCCUCCUCAGAGGACGAGGGCAAGUUCCCAGCGCUCUCCUAGUCCUCCCAACCAAGCUGUCCAGAAACCCGAGACCCUAUCGGAUCUAUGUCGCAUCGUCCGAUCCAAGAACGCUGGUCCAUAUGAGAUCACGAUAGACGCCAUGUUCGCAUCCCCAGAAGCAUAUGAGGCUAUCAAAUCAUCCGAUCUCCUCUCAGCCAGCAACGUUGCGAAAGCCAUUGGCAUCUCAGAACAAGACAUCAUCUGGAUUGGCUUCUUCGAUCCUGCUAUCUCUUUCAAGGUAACCAUUCCCAGAAUCCGAUCGGGUAAGAAGAAGUCUGCUGGUGGGUUCAUGGAGAACGAUAUCCAUGGGUCACAGGAGCACAUGGGUCUUGCGAGCCUGAAGCUCCCUGAAGGUUUCAGCUUUUAG